GGGAAUGCUGCCGGGGUUUCUCGCAUCGCCGAUCCUCUACUCGGGUCAGCAGUUCAAUAAACAUUUUGCGAAUCGACUAAAUCGGUUAGAGAGGGCGAAGUUAUAGGUGUCGGCCAUGGCGAUCCUGUACGCCGUGGUGGCGAGGGGCACUGUGGUCCUGGCGGAAUUCGCAGCUGUGACUGGGAACACGGGUGCGAUUGCGCGGAGGAUCUUGGAGAGGUUGCCGCCGGAGUCUGAUUCUAGAUUAUGCUUUUCCCAGGACCGCUAUAUCUUUCACGUUCUGAAGGCCGAUGGUCUUAUUUUCUUGUGCAUGGCCAAUGAUACCUUCGGAAGGCGAAUUCCUUUUGCCUACUUAGAAGACAUUCACAUGAGAUUCAUGAAAAAUUAUGGCAGAAUUGCUCAUUCUGCUCUGGCAUAUGCAAUGAACGAUGAAUUUGCAAGAGUUCUACAUCACCAAAUGGAGUACUUCUCUAGCAAUCAAACUGCAGAUACGCUUAACCGGCUACGAGGUGAAGUCAGUGAGAUACAUACUGUCAUGGUGGAUAACAUAGAAAAGAUAAUGGAUAGAGGUGACCGCAUUGCACUUCUAGUUGAUAAAACAGCAACAAUGCAAGAUAGCGCGUUUCAUUUCAAGAAGCAAUCUAGGCGCCUUCGUCAAGCCCUGUGGAUGAAAAAUGCCAAACUUCUGGCUUUGUUAACGUUAGUGAUAGUUUUGUUGCUGUAUAUUAUCAUCGCUGCUUGUUGCGGAGGCAUCACUCUUCCAUCUUGCAGAUCUUAGAAAUCUCUCGGGACUUUAUUAAAUUUAUCUCUACCGCACGGGAGUUCUUCAGUACUACGAAAAGCAUGGGCUGAACCUGUAAUAUCAGAGCUCAAAAUUUGAGAGCUUUCUUGUAUAGUUUCUGUAAACUGUUCCUUCAUUAGCUUUCUCCUGCUUGUGAGAUUAUUUACAAAAUUUGUUUAACUAAUGAUUGCUAUUUUUUGU